GGUCGCCGUUGUCUUCGCCUGCCUGGCUGUGCUGGCCAUGGCUGACCGCUCCCCCUACGCCGCCCCCCCUACCUAUGCCCCACCACCCCCAAAGUACCCCGCCCCCUCCCCCUACAAGGAGCCGGAGUACCCUGAUGUCCCUCCCAAGUACAACUACAACUACGGCGUCGCCGACAGCUACUCCGGCGCCAACUUCGCCGCCUCGGAGUCCCGCGACGGCUACAAGACCGAGGGCAGCUACACCGUCGACCUCCCCGACGGCCGCAAGCAGAUCGUCAAGUACGUGGACAACGGCGACGGUCUUGUAGCUGAGGUCACCUACGAGGGCGAGGCUCAGUACCCCGAAUACAAGCCCACCUACAAGCCCGCUCCCCCCGCCUACGGCCCCCCUCCCCCCACCUAUGCCUAAGAGAUUAGACAACGCGGACAAUGUCAAUCUCGCUUCAGAGUAUCACCAGGCAUUUUCCUCUUGAUGUUUUCAGCAAACAGUAUUACUCGAUAUACCUUUGUUUACACUUGUUAUGAAAUCGCUCUCCGCCUCUCCUGUUCUUCCUCGACACGAACGAAAUUUAACCCCCGUUACAUUAUUUAUUGUGCCAUUGUCUAUUUAAUAAAUAAGAACGAUCACACA